CCAGAUCCCCAGUUAUUGUCGACGCCAUCUUAGAUCGUCUGGUCUCUGUUACUGGGACAGUGUCGAACGAAUUUUUAAAGGUUUAAUUCGUCUGUUAUCCGAAAAAUUUAAUUAACAACAAUGUUGUCAGGACAGUUGGUGAGGAGAUUCGCCACCAGUGCCCUCCGAAGGUCAGGACACCCGGAAGUUGGAGCAAAACCUGGGCACAAUUUGCCCUUCUCAAUUAAUAACAGGUACAAGUUGACACUCUACUUCAUCUUGUACUUUGGAAGUGGAUUUGCUACACCUUUCCUCAUCGUUCGCCACCAGAUGCUUAAGUAACUUGGAAUUUUUCCUUCUCUUCCAGGUAAUUCCCACUGGAAUAGUCUAUAAGAAAGUGCCCUCUAGCUCAUCACACUCUCCUACCAUGUAUAUACCAAGUACUAAAUAAAUCAGUGUCACAGGGCCGGCGAUAAAUUCUCAAAGAUAAUAAAA